GGAGCGCAGGGGAGUGUCCUGAACCGAGCACACAGCUCACACACACACACACACAGAGUACUCCUCCUCCUCUCCUUCGUCUUCCUCCUACACUAAAGCUGAACUCUGCUGGGUAAAUUCCUCCUUCUCCACCGACUCUCCUCGCUUUCUGAGCCCAGUCUCUACCCUCCCAUCAGCCGAACCCGAUCAGCGGUCCUUCGCCGGUAGGCCCCACGCCGUAUCAUCAUGGAGGAGUUAGAUGUCCCACAGAUGAGGAGAGAAGUGGAAAGUCUUCAGUAUCAGCUGGCGAUAAACAGAGAGAAAUCCUCCAUCACUGUCACCGAGCUGGUGAAGUGGAUCGAGGGUUGUGUUUGUGAAGAUCCCUUCCUGAACCCUGAGCUGAUGAGAGCAAACCCCUGGGUAGAAAAGGGCAAGUGUGUGAUCCUCUAAAAGUUUCACGCACACACAAUCACAGAUGCAUACGACAAAAGAAUCUCACACUCCGACACACACACAAAUCACGCUGCACUAACUCACACACACACACACACAUUGUAGUUGAUAAUAUUAUGUUGUUUAUUUAUUUGGAGACUUCUGAAUGCUGUUGUUUUAUGUGUGUGUGAGUGUACAAACACUGAUUAGCUCCUUUUUAGAGGUUUGUUUUGAUGGUCUGCUGAGAAAUGUUCCAACACCACCACGUUUGUAUUGGCUCUUUACACUGUCAAUCAAAAAUAAAGACUGUUUUGAAUUUAA